UUAUUUUGGGCAGAGCCGGUAGCGCUGUGCGGCGCUAGGGGUAGACAGGUUGUAGUCAGUCGGCGUUCCGGUGCCAGAUAGUGUGCUAGUGCUCGCGCGUUCAACUGAGCAUGAAAUCAUAAUGGCCGGGAGAAUGCUAAAAUUCAUCCGCGGGAAGGGCCAGCAGCCCUCAGCCGAGCGGCAAAGACUGCAAAAUGAACUCUUUGCCUUCCGCAAGACAGUACAGCACGGCUUCCCCCACAGAGCGUCAGCCCUAUCAUGGGACCCUCUACUCAGGCUGGCCGCACUAGGCACAGCGACUGGCGCACUUAAAGUUUACGGCCGACCUGGCGUCGAAUUCUACGGCCAACACACCAACCCAGAUGCCGCUAUCAUACAGAUUAAAUUCAUACCCGGCACGGGUCGUCUAAUAUCGCUAUGCGACGACAACAGUCUCCAUCUCUGGGAAAUAAACGAAAAAUCACUCGUCGAACUCAAAUCAUACAUAUUUGAGGGUAAGAACAAGAAAGUAUCGUCAAUGUGCGUCGAAUCUUCAGGCAAGCACUUACUACUCGGCACAGAAGGAGGCAACAUCUAUUCGCUGGACCUCACUACCUUCGCAAUCACAGAUGACGUCAUAUACCAGGAUGUCGUCAUGCAAAACUGUCCAGAAGACUUCAAAGUGAAUCCAGGCGCAGUGGAGUCCAUCUGCGAGCACCCGAAAGUACCUUUGCGUGUGCUAAUUGGUUACAACCGUGGGCUGGUGGUGUUAUGGGACCGUGGUACCGCUGCGCCCACACACACGUUCGUUUCCAACCAGCAACUUGAGAGCCUUUGCUGGAAUGACGACGGAGAACACUUCACAUCGUCUCACAACGACGGGUCGUACGUGACGUGGGAGGUAGCCGGGGCAGCCAGUGACCGUCCUUUGAAGGAACCAGUGACUCCGUACGGGCCAUACCCUUGCAAAGCAAUAAACAAAAUUCUUAUUCGCACCAGCAUUGACGGUGAAGAGGUCACUAUUUAUGCCGGUGGCAUGCCCAGAGCUUCAUAUUCUGACAAAUACACCGUAACUGUACAACAAGGAGAAAAACACGUUGCAUUUGAUUUUACCAGUCGCAGCACGCUAGAGGAUACCGCGGCGAGAGGUUCCCGCAGAUAUGUGACGGUAAAAAUCCAGUUUGCACCAGAUUCCACCGGUGUGCGCCAGAGUCUGCCUGAAUGCGCCGGGGUCUUUUUGACUGCUUACUCGCUGAUGGAACGAAAUCAAUUCCGAUCGACCGGUGGCAUGAAAGCAAAUACCGCAUUUCAGUGGAUUUUGCGUGGGCUGAAAAGAUCAACGACGAGUGGAGAAGAGAUAGGCGAGAACAAUGACAGCCAAAACGAGGAGGAAGAGUGGCCGCCAUUCCGCAGAGUCGGCACCUUCGAUCCAUACAGUGACGACCCACGACUCGCUGUCAAAAAGGUAAUCCUCUGUCCGCUGUCCGGCAAGCUGACAAUCGGCGGCGCCGCGGGACACAUCGUCAUCGCCAGCCUCAGUAAUUCUUCUAACACUGGUGAAAUUAAGACGAUGUCAGUAAACAUUGUGUCAGAUCGCGACGGAUUCGUGUGGAAAGGCCAUGAUCAGCUUACACUACGCUCGGGUAUUCACAGCUUCCCACAGGGAUACCAGGUGACGUCAGUGGUGCAGUUGCACCCGCCGGCGGCAGUGACAUCCCUGGGCGCUCACUGGGAAUGGGGGCUGGUGUGUGUCGGCACAGCCCACGGGCUGGCGCUGCUCGACGCCAUCUGCGCCAAGCCGCUGUUGCACAAAUGCACGCUCAACCCUCACGAUCAUUCUGGUGCCGGCGACACGCCAAUCUCGAGAAGAAAAUCCUUCAAAAAGUCUCUGCGAGAGUCAUUCCGACGACUCCGGAAAGGCAGAUCGCAACGGCGACAGACAACUGCCGCUAGCCCCACCUCACCUGCACAACCGGCAGCGAAAAAAGCCGCGGACAAGGCAGCAGCGGAGGCGGACACAGAGAUAAAACCAGUGGAACGGGCGGUGGAGGCUCGCUCCAACGAUGACGCCUUUGGUUCCAUGGUGCGCUGCCUGUACUUCGCACGUACCUUCCUUGUCAGCACACAAAACUCUACCCCCACGCUUUGGGCGGGCACCAACAACGGCACAGUGUACGCGUUCACGAUACACGUACCUAACACCAACAAACGGAAAGAAGACCCUGUAACAUGUCAACUCGCUAAGGAGAUACAACUGAAGCACCGAGCGCCCGUUAUAGGAAUCACCAUUCUAGAUGGUGGAUCAUCUCCUUUGCCGGACCCUCUUGAGGUCGAACGAGGCGUUGCAGCAUUGCCAGAAGCGGGUGCGCAUCGCGUGGUGAUUACAUCCGAAGAGCAGUUCAAGGUGUUCACGCUGCCUGCACUCAAGCCGCACCACAAGUACAAGCUCACCGCACACGAGGGCGCACGGGUGCGACGAACGGCAUGGUCAGCGUUCGAGUGCGGGCGGGAAGGCGAGAAGCAUCGCGAGUGGUGUCUAUUGUGCCUCACCAACCUCGGCGACUGUCUCGUUCUAUCUGCUGAUCUGCGCCGCCAGCUCAAUGCCGCCGCCGUGCGUAAGGAGGACAUCAAUGGUAUUUCAAGUUUAUGCUUCUCAAAGCGGGGCGAAGCUCUCUACCUGCAUUCAUCAUCAGAAAUUCAGCGAAUUACGCUCUCGGCCACUAAGGUCACAAUCGCGCGGUGUCAUAUACUUCUAUCCCCGUGGGCAGUCGUAAUUCGAGGAACGGCAGAAGAACCACCGCUCACCAACGGAGAGGCAAAGGAGGAAGUAUUAGCAGAAGCAGUCCACGACGUAACCGCGGCAUCGGGAGACAUCACUGUGGAUUCUGUCCGGGAUCACACCAACACGCCCGGUGAACAGCCAGAGCUUAACAUUAACCUGCAGAAUUCGCAAGUGAACACGAGUUCUAUGGUGGUAAAAACGACGACCCGAACAACAGUAAACGAUAACAACACGGACGGCGGUAACACUACCUCAACCACUACAACCACCACCAAUUCCACCACCGAGAACAUCCUAGAGCACAGUCGCGAGGAGGGAGUCAUCACGCGCAUCGAGACGGGAACCGUGACAGUGCCAGCCGGAACCGACCCCAAGCUGAUCCUCGAGAUGUUUGACCGGCAGCGCAGCCCCCUGAGCGUCCCCGUGCCCCCCGCUUCAACCCCAACCGAAACACACUAAGUUACUACAUGCCCAUCACCGAACUGUCUGUCAUUCAAAGAGACACCCAUUACCGAAUCAUUAGACACAACUCCAACCGUAUAAGAUUCUUCAAAAUUACACCAGUACACCUUAUACGAUGCCCUAAUAACAUAUUUGGGGUACAUCGCAUCGGAUUGUGGGACAACCAGUAUAUGUGUGUCGAUUGUAUCGCAAUUGUACCGAACGGUAUAACCGAUACGGCUUCCAUGUUUGCCUAUCAUCGGAUGUCGGGAUAAUCGAGAUUAAUGUUGAAAAUAUUUUAAGAAUUUAAUGAACUGGCUUUUGUACACGAACAUUUACAGGGCAUUUUUUGUGCACGUAAUUGGGUAAUCAAAAUAUUAUCUCGUUUAUUCCGCCUAUACUGGAAUUGUAUAUCAUAUCGUUAUUAAUUAUCGUAUUGAAUCCACCCACCGGUCUUUGGAUACCGGUACAUUACUUUUUAAUAUGUGUAUUAUUUUUUACCAUAGGUAAUAAUGUUAGUAAGUUGAAUGUGUAAAUGCAAUGUGUAACAUUAUUUUUGUCAUAACUUGACAGCUAUAAGUACUGCCAUGUUACUUUCAUUUGAAAUAUUUUAUUCCAUUUAUCUUCUGCUUUAUGAACAGUGUACGAAGUUUUAAAUUGUAUCUUUUUAUGGAGAGCAUAUAAUAUGUCUGUCAAUUAAGUACCAUGUUCUAGAAAUUUUAAGGAUGUGAUUUUCUUUCUAUUGCUUCUUGUCUUUGUAUUGUAUUAACCCGAAAUUGCUUACAAAUGAUAUAACGCGUACUUAAAACCAGGAGCUUAUUAAUAACACUUAUUUAUUUGAGUACAAACGAAAGCCAUAGCAACAUUCGUUGUAUAACAAUACUACAAUUUGAUUGUGGAUUGUUGUAACGUAAUUAUAAGUGAACAAUGAGAAAUUAAUGUACCAAUUUAGCUCAUUAAGUUUAACCUUUCGAACAUUCUUUGAUGAAUGUGGUGUGCCUAUUUAUUUCUUUUUUAUAAUGAAGAGAAUUGUAUCUAGGUAAUUACAUAGAUCAUAUGACAAGUAAUAUUAGAAUAUAAUACCUAUGUUGUUAUAUAUAGGAAUAAGUUUGCGCGGCGACGGUCGAGU